AUGUCUGCCGGGUUCCCAGCACGCCCGCGACCCUGCAGAGCAGCUCUGCAGAGAUGGGGGUGCCGGGCCCUGGCAUUUCCCCCAUCUUGGGCGAGCCCCAGUCGGGUGUUCUUGCCUGCAGCACUGGACCCUGCUGAGCGUGUCCCUGCUGAACUGCCUCCUGUCCACCGCGUGAAUUGUAGCGUGGGGCUGGCACUGGCCAUCGCCCUCACGGUGCACGGCCGGGGCACACACCUGGUCAGGGGCUGCAACAGCUCUGCACUGCCUGCGGACGCCCGCACAGCCAUCGCAACCAACGACUGUCCCUUCAACACAACGCGCAUCUAUGACACGGCCCUGGCCCUCUGGUUCCCCUCCCUGCUGCUGGCAGCUGCAGAAGCCGUGCUCUCGGGCAGGUGCUGUUUGGUUGCUCUGGUCUUCCGGGGCAUCGGGCCCUGUGCACACAGCUGGGACAAAGAGCAGCUGACCAGGCCAAGUGCAGCGACGGAGAGGCCACCCCGAGAGAGGCAGCAGCUCCUGGCAGGGCUGGCUGAGUCUCGUGCCUAGGUGGAGAGGUGGUGCUGCAGGAGUGCUGUGAUCCAGAGCAAGGUGACAUCACACCUGCACCAUGCCCCUGCUGUGGGUAAGGUGGGCUGCAGGGGUGAGGGGUGUGCCUUCCUUCUCCCCCAGCCCCACCACCCCACCUGGCACAGAUCCUGCGGGUUAGAAGGUGCUUUGGGCCCCAGACACUCCCCCUUCUCUCCCCAAGCUGCCAGGCCCUUCCUGGCAUGCUGAAGGCUCUGUCAGCAGUCAUGUCUGUCAGCAGUGACUGGGGUGAGCAGAGGUGCCGGGGCCCAAGUCCUGGUGGCACUGCGAGCAGGUCAGCUGGCUGUGCCGUGCUCAGGCAGGGCAGGGAACAGAAGGUGAAGAAUCCUUUUGGUGUGAGCCUCUGGCUUUCUUGAGUAAAUAAACU